UUACGCAAUGCUUACACAUGAGCACCGACGCAUUAUAGCGCUAAAAUCUCAACGCAGUCCGGCGUGACGUUCCUAUCGGACAGAACAGUUGAAACGGGAUUUUAUUUGAUUUUAAGUGUGUGUUGGUGUGCUGGGUGUAAGCCGAAGUAAAGAAGACAUCGUGUCGAUUUGUUAAUUAUCCGAUUUUUCUGGAUUUCUAGAUUCUUACUCUCAUUAUAUUGUAAAGACCUUCUUUAAUGCGAUUUUUAAACCGAAUCUGGCGUGACGUUCCCUCCUCACAGGACUGAACAGGAGCGAGGGAUUUCUUAUUUUACUCCUUUAAUAUGUGCUGCCUGCUGUACUGAACAUCCGCCGAAAUGAAAACCGAUCUUUUUGAUGUAUGAUCGCCUUCUGCUUUAAGCUUUAACAGAUCACUGGGCUAACACGUGAGGAAUUAAGUCUUAAAACGUUCCUUUUUUAAACGGAGUCUGGUUUACGGAUUCAGCUGGUGGUCCCUGACAGCGGCUGGCUGCGGAUCUGUUCCCUGCUUCCACAGCAGCGAACCGGGGUGUAAUUAAACAGAUGAUCGGAGGACGAAAAGAAGAAUACACCGUGUGGAUUUCUUACGUAGGCUAUUUCACUCUGGAUCUAUGACAGAUAUGCAUAUGCAGGAUUUCACAAUGAAUAUCUGACAGAUUGAUGCAGAUGAGCGAAAUUUUUUUAUAAUCUGAACGGAGUUUGGCGUGACGGACAGACAGAGCAGGGGUCUCCGUGGAAACGGCUAGUGACGCCCCCUCCCUCCAGGGAUGGUCUGAACAGAUGUUCUCCAGCAGCAGAAUGGCUCUCAGCCAGAUGUUCGGACCGCUGGACGACCUGCACGAGCUCGCCUUCAUCGAGAGGCCGAUCCGUAGGAGCCUCAAGACGGCGGAGGAGAUCGAUCAGCUGACUGUUGACGAAGACCUGAACGACAUCGAGAGAGCCGUCUACCUGCUCAGCGUGGGUCAGGAGGUGCAGAGAGCGAGCGUCAUCAGUAACCUGCCGAGCCUCGUCCGGCAGAAUCCAGCCGAGACCUUCCGCCGGGUCGUUCCAAAGGUCCGGGAAGUCCUGAAUGGAGCCGGAGCAGACAUCCAGCUGGCGGCAGCCGCCUCGUUCCUCACCAUCCUGCAGGAUGACAUCAUCCUGAUCCACACGCACACCUUCUCUAUCCUGAAGACCGUCCUGCUGCACCUCAACCACCGAGACACAGUGGUGAGCAGCGCCUGGUUGGAGACUCUGCUGUGGGCCAUCAGCGCCCUGCCCAAAGAGACCAUCAAACAGGAGGUGCUGAACCCUCUCCUCUACCAGUCCCAGCUGUCUCACUCUCUUCAGGCUCGUCUGGCCAGCUGCCGGAUUUUGGGGAAAGUCGCCUGCAAGUUCGACUCCCACAUAGUGAAGAAGGAGCUGCUGCCAUUGGCUCGGUCUUUAUGUCAGGAUGAGGACUUGGAGGUCCGAGCCUGCAUGUGCCGUCAGCUGGAGAGCAUCGCCAGAGCCAGCGGGGUGGACGACACCCGGACGGAGCUGCUUCCUGAACUGGUGGAGCUGGCCGGAGACGAGGAGAGCAGCGUCCGGCUCGCCGCCUUCGACACCGUCAUCAACCUGCUAGAGAUGAUGGACAGCGAUGACAGACUCCACAUCGUGGUUCCCAUGGUGAUGGCGGCGUGCGAGGUGUCGUCGCAGGCGGACGAAGCCGUCGUGGCGUCUCUGUCGUUCCAGUUUGGGAAGCUGUGCAGCGGACUGGCAGGCUCCCUGUCCGAGGAGCAGAAGGGCCGGUUGCUGCAGAGGUUUAAGGUUCUGUGUGUCACCGGUCUGCAGACGGAAGGAAACCAGACUGACAGCAACGAGGCCAUGCUGAUCCACAACGAGGCCAUGCUGAUCCGCUGCAACUGCUGCUACAACCUCCCGGCCAUGGUGGUGUUUGCAGACUCAGCUCACUUCCUGUCUGAGCUCUACCCGUCAUUCUCUAGUCUUUGCAGUGACCCGGAGGUCAGCGUUCGCCGGAGUGCUGCAGCUGGUUUCCACCAGGUGGUGAAGCUGCUGGGACAAAACGUCCAGCUGGUCCACAAAGAGCUGCUGUCUCUGCUGCAGGACGACGCUCUGGAGGUGUUGGACGCUCUGAUGAAUCACCUGGAAGAGACUCUGGAGGCAGUUCUGUCCAGAGGAGAGAACCUGGCGCUGGACAACAAGUUCCCGGAGCUGCUGGCGGCGCUGCUGUUAGCCGAGCAGACUGUGGGAGUGUCUCUGCGCUGGCGGCUGCAUGAGAAGCUGCUGCAGCGCUACAGCUGUCUGAGCCGGCUGCUGCCGGGAGAAACUCUGCACCAGAACUUCUCCCCCCGGAUCUUCAACAUCCUCACUACCAACAAGGUGUUGCCGGUCCAGAAGGAGGCGGCCCGGACGUUCUGCACAUUUCUGCGUUACAACCGCAAACAGGAGCAGCGCCAGGAGAUGAUGGAGCGGCUGAUCCAAGAUCUGGCUCAGGGGCGGAGCUACUGGAACCGGCUCAGGUUCCUCGACGUCUGUGAAACAGCCACUGACAUUUUCUCCAGAAAAUACUUCAACAAACACUUCCUGGUCCCAGCGCUGGAGCUGGUCCACGAUCCCGUCGCCAACGUCAGGUACAAGCUGUGCCAGAUGUUGCCCAGACUGCGUUCGUCGCUUCGCUUGCCAGCCGACAAACAGCUGCUGCAGAAACUCGACUUCUGCGUCCAGAAACUCCUCUGCAGAGAGAAAGACAAAGACGUGGUGGCCGCCAUCCGCAAGACCGUGUUGGAACUGGACAAACUGGACAUCGCAGAGCCUUUUCACAAGAGGCAGGAGAGAGAUUUACUGGACCAGAAGAAGGAGAAGGAGGAGACUCUGCUGCUGGAGAUGGAGCAGCUGGAGCGCCAGCAGACUGAAGGGAAACUCAACUCUGAGAAACACACUGAGAGAAAACGAAGAGACAGUAAGACCAGUCUAUCUGCAACCAAAUCCAUGUCUGUGUCCUCGGCCGGAGCCACCUUGUCCUCCGGUAGAGAGAUGAGGAAGGCUAAACUGUCCCGGAGUAGAUCUCUCAGCAGUCAGCCGACGACGUCCAAAGCUGCCAACUCAGACAGACCUCUGAAAGUGAAAGAGCUGAGCAGUAUGUCUGGACCUGGGAAGUCCUCCAUGUUAUCAAGCAAAGAUGACUCCUUAAGGACCGCCCACUUCUCUCUGGUGACCCAGUCCCCCUCCUCCAUGCCAGUUCUGAUCCGUAGCAACACCACUAGCCUCCUGGACAGGGCCAGUACCCUGGACCACAGAACAAGUACCCUGGAUCAGAGAGAUCAUAGAACCAGUAACAUGGACCACAGGAACAAUCUGAUGGAGCAGCGAACAGGUAGCAUGGACCAUAGACCUAGUCCCAUUGACCAGAGAGACCACAGGCCCAGUUCUUUGGACCAGAGAGACCACAGGCCCAGUUCUUUGGACCAGAGAGACCACAGAACCAGUACGUUGGACCAGAGAGACCACAGGCCCAGUUCUUUGGACCAGAGAGACCCCAGAACAAGUACGUUGGACCAGAGAGACCACAGGCCCAGUUCUUUGGACCAGAGAGACCCCAGAACAAGUACGUUGGACCAGAGAGACCACAGGCCGAGUACUUUGGACCAGAGAGACCCCAGAACUUUGGACCAGCGCAGUAAAACGAUGGAGCGAGGCUGCACGGUGAAGGACAGCCAGUCCAGAAAGCUGUCAAUAAACAGGAAGUCAAACUCGUUCAGCGUCCAGUCGGGGCGAGACUGAAGACGAUGAUGUCGUCAUACCUCUGCCCGGCGAUCAGCCAAUCAGCAUUCAGGGUUCUCAAGUCAAUGGACUUCAGAACAUUACCCAGAAUGCAACAGGACAUCAUCUCUCCCUUCAGACAGACGAGUCCGACUUCUCUUUUGCUUUCUGAGCGCUGUGUAAUCACAUGAUCUCAUAAUGUCACCUGAUUGGUUCAGUAAACUCCACCCAAACAAAC